AUUGUAUAUAUCUAAUAUUUGAUGAAUGUCAAGAUUUUGUAUAUACUAAAAUAAAGUUAUAUUCAAAUCUAAUUUCUCGAAUAUUUUACACCAAUUCAACAUGUUUUGGAUUUAUGCAUUAUGAAUCCAAUAAGAGCAAUAGUUAUCUUAAAAAGUGUGAAAGAAAAUUUGCGCCCAAGGGAACUAUAUAGUCCUUAAUGCAAAAGUAGUAAUGUAUUCAAGGAAGCACCAAAUCUUUCGACAUCCUCCAUAAUCUUGAAUUAGACCAGAGUAGAGUUAUCUACAUAUUGUUAAUACUUAAUAUACCACUGAAGUGUUUCUGUGUGAAAAACUAGUGUUAUUAAUUCAUUAUAAAUAAUGAAAUCUCAUACUCUUUAUCUCUAUUUUUCUUUGGCUGUCUCAAGGCCAUACUGGAAUACAAAAUGAAUAACAUGCCGAUACAAAACGUACCUCCCAACAAAGAGAAAAACAAAACAAAACUUUGCGUAAACGUAGCUCUCAAAUCUCAUAUUCAUCGUUUUCGUAUGAACUUUUGUAGCCCAAACAACCUUCCUUUCCUUCCACAAGUUUCAUAUAAUAUCUCUUAUAUAACCCAUCUCUCUAAGCCUCUCAAAACGUUCUUCUCCGUUAAAUCUAACGGUCAUGUCAACUACAACAAUCGUCCCUCUCCGUCGCACUUCUAACUCUCUCAAUGAAUACCACACUAACGCAGUCGCCUUUGACGGAAUCGUCGGGUCAGCAAGUACUAGCCAAAUGGAGGAGAUUGUUACGCAAACCGACGACUGCUACGCCAACCCCAACGGAGAUGGAGGGAGAAGCAAGACGUCGUUAAUGACGUGGAGGAUGUGCAAUCCUGUCCACGUGGUGAGAGUCCAUUGGAUACCGUGUUUGUUAGCGGUAGGAGUUCUGUUCUUCACGUGCGUAGAGGAGUACAUGCUCCAGAUGAUUCCGGCGAGUUCUGAGCCGUUCGAUAUUGGUUUUGUGGCGACGGGCUCUCUGUAUCGCCUCUUGGCUUCUUCACCGGAUCUUAAUACCGUUUUAGCUGCUCUCAACACGGUGUUUGUAGGGAUGCAAACGACGUAUAUUUUAUGGACAUGGUUGGUGGAAGGACGACCACGAGCGACCAUCUCGGCUUGCUUCAUGUUUACUUGCCGUGGCAUUCUGGGUUACUCUACUCAGCUCCCUCUUCCUCAGGAUUUUCUAGGAUCAGGGGUAGAUUUUCCGGUAGGAAACGUCUCGUUCUUCCUCUUCUACUCAGGCCAUGUCGCAGGGUCGACGAUAGCAUCCUUGGAUAUGAGGAGAAUGAAGAGGUUGAGACUUGCCUUGCUUUUUGACAUCCUCAAUGUAUUACAAUCGAUCAGGCUUCUCGGGACGAGAGGACAAUACACGAUCGAUCUCGCUGUCGGAGUUGGCGCUGGGGUUCUCUUUGACUCACUGGCUGGAAAAUACGAAGAGAUGAUGAGCAAGAGACACAAUGUAGGCAAUGGUUUUAGUUUGAUUUCGUCUCGCUAGUUAUUAAUUUUUGUUUUUUUUUUAUGUUUUUAGUCUGGACAUAUUUAAUUUAGUUGAAAUCUAAUGACUUAAUUUUACUUUCUUUCAAAAUGGUCUAACUGAAUACGGACCUAACUAAAUGUGUACGUUAUUGUGUAGUUACCAUAGAGGUUUCGUAUUGUCUUGAGCCUGAUAUUUUGAUUUUAGAGCUCGUUUAUACGGUAGCUAAUAAAAAAAAAAAAAAAGCUCGUUUA